AUGGGCUGCAACACAUCGGUGGCUGCUGGCAAGCGUGGAAAAGACAAGAGCAGAUAUGCCGGAGGACAUGCAAGCUGUGGGAUUUCAGUACACAGGGGUGUGGUGGUGUCCAUGGGAUAUGGCAACUACACGGCAAUCAUCACGGCAGUCGGAGCCUGGAGAUCGGUGCGAACACUUUCGACGCUGCGCAUUCAUCUCCACGCCUGUCACUUUGAGGAUUUACAUUUCUACGACUUGCGAGAGACUGUCAUGGCAUCGGCACGAGAGUGUGAAGCAGACGAUGAUGGCAACAGUUUGCCAUCCAAUCGAAUCAAAGCUUUCACGGAGGAGUGUACGGGCAGGACACUCCGCCGGCCAGGGAAGGUUGGGACUAUAAUCAUGACCACCACACCAAUGAGCGCCGUCUGGCAAUCCAUCCCUCUCGAAAUCACCACCAUGAUCCUCGUCGAGACCGCUCUCCUCCCGCUGAAAGUCCACGCCCACUCCUACCUCCACCACCGCUACAUCUCCGCCCUCGAAACCACCAACCCGCCCUCCACCAACGCCUGGCAAGUCGUCCUCUCCGCCCUCGCCAUCAACCACUCGACCCGUCGGGCGGUCAUCCACGCCCUCAACACCAACGGCGCGAUUGAGCACAAGACUGACCCGGGAGUGGCGUACACGGCGCACUUUGGGCCGCAGCCGAGUUGGGCGCUGCUGGCGCAUUUUCGAUGGGUGUUUGUCUCUGUGGAGGAUAGGAUGGACCGUGACGAUGUGAGGUGUUUGUGCGGAUGCCGGUGCCCGGGGCGUGCCGGAGACCGGACCAAGGAGCAACGUGGCCAGUCUAUGGGGAGUGUAGCUGGUGGCGAGAGUGAAGCGCAGAGAGACGAGCUUCAAGUCCUCGAACUGAAGCGCAUCACCAAGGUCAAGGGAACGAUCGCCACCCUUCAAAGGAUAUGCUUCGAGUUCGAGUACGCUAAUACUACGCCGCUCAUUACUGGACCGAAGAGCACAGCUCAGACUCCCUCUGAAGACGGAAAUGCGUCGCCCUCACAUAGCACUAAAUCGCGACCCGAGGCAGCGCCAUUCGUACAUGCUAUUCCUCGAAAUCCUCCGACAUGCGACUUCUACGACUGGCGAAAUCUCAUCCCCUCGGGAGAUAAGGUGUCGGACGGAGAGGAGGACGAUUCGGAGGAGGACGAUUCGGAGAAGGACGACUCGGAGGAGGACGACUUGGAGGAGAGCGAGUUCUGGGAAAUGUCCUAG